GGACAGCUACCGAGGAGCAGACUUUGCUGAGGAGAAGUUUCGCCUUAAAAGUUCUCCCAAAACAUGAAUCAGGGACUUUUUACUUUGGCAUUUCUCCUUUGCGUUUCUUUCGGUAAGUACUUUUGGUCCGUUCUAUUGCAUUGUUUCGCUCAUUGCCAUCUAGUUCUUUUUGGCAAUGAUUAGACAUGCCAGUCGAUCGAUAUAUAGCGGAUUUGAAACGGUUUUGUUCAAAGUUGCCUUUCUUAGGACUGCACUUUCUUCACUGUAUUGGCAUACGAUGUUCAGUUGUUCCUUGCAAGAUAACGCUUCGUCUUUGUUACGGUUUUCUUUAUGUAUUAAAUUGAUCUGAAUGGAGGAUCAUCAGAAAAAGCUGAGUUUGUCAAUAGGCCCGUAAAAGUGAUUGAAAGUUGCAUUCAUACAUUGGUGAAAAGAUAUUUUGAAACAUUAAAGCUUAACUGGCCACGUCUAAUCAAAACAACUGCGCUGUAAAACAACAAAACUUUUCAGCGUUCACGGAUAAGCCGGUGCCUACUUUCGUUUGACAGAGGCUUUCAAUAAACCACCAAAUUCCUUAGAGCUUGCAUCGCCGAAAUAGCUUUACUGUUACUUUAAAAGGUUCAUUUCUACUAGUAAUGCAAUUGAAAUUGGUCUUGAUUCGUAGAUCAAGUGGGAUCGAAGUUUAUUUUAUUGCUGAAUUAGAAGUACACCAAAUUUGGCGAGAGAACGUUAAAAUUCUUUUGAGAGGUUUCAGCUAUUGUAAACUGUUCCACGGUUUUGAAUCAUAAUGACGAAUAGAAUUUCUAAUAAAAUUUGUUUUUGGACUUGAAGGAAAUGAUGUCUUGGUAUCUUCUGCAGCCUGAAUUCCUCUAUACAAAGAACUAUUAAAUUCCCUGGCGGUGUAACUUUCAUACAUUUGAAGACGGAAAAUUCCAGCUAUGAUUAUCGUAUGCAUGCGAUCGUGACUCGUACAUACGAGUGCAUGAAAGACGUGUUAAGUGUGUACCACCACAGAGUAAGGGAGUGAAAAUUUUCACUCCAAAAAUGGAGAUUGUUGAUUAUUUUAAACACGCUUCAUUUUUCAAGUGCAGAUGAGAUUCUCAAAGUCAGAAAGGGAAUGAAUGAAUGAAUGAAUGAAGCUUUAUUUAAUCUCGGUUUGAUGAGGUUGGUUAGAUCUGGUUAGACCCCUAGCAAAAAAUAUGCUAAUAAGCCGACGGAAAAGAAACAUGACGUGCACUUUCAUGUUAAGUUUUUGAUUUAGUGGAAGUUCUGAAUCAGUAUGCCAUAGUCCUAACGGAAAUUUCAAAGUUUUCAUUUUUUGUUCAUUUUAAACUUUUCGAAUUUCGAGUUCAACGCUACAGAGAAUAGGCUCUUUGCAUGACUUGAUCACGUGACCAACUUUCGGUAAACACGAAAACAGUACACUUUUGAAAAAUUUUGUCAGCACAAGCUGAAAGAGUAUAUUAAAAUUAGGUAACCUGAGAAUUUUCAGCCGUAUAUCUCAAAAGUAGCUACUGCAACGGCCGCCGAAAGUUGGAAGCAUUUGUAUGUGAUAAACAACUUUUGCCAUCCAGUCACGCUUGCAUGGUUUUCCAUACAAAGCCUUGUAAAUUCCAAAAUUUUUUAACUGUAGUUAAAUCUUUCCUUCACACAUUUAAGGGCUCAAAUUGCCUUUAUGAAUUAAAAGGAGAUUUGAGCCCUGUAGUGCUUAAGGAAAUAUUUCCUGACAGUUUUGAAAAUUUCGAAAUUACAAGGAUUUGUAUGGAAAACCAUGCAAGCGUGACUGCAUGGCAAAAGUCGUUUAUCUCAUACAAAUGCUUCCAACUUUCGGUGGCCGUUGCAGUCGCUAAUUUGAGAUAUACGGCUGAAACUUCUCGGGUUACCCAAUUUUAAUAUGCUCUUUCAGCUUGUGCUAACAAAAUUUUUCAAAAGUGAACUAUUUUCGUGUUUACCGAAAGUUGAUCACGUGAUCAAGUCAUGUAAAGACCCUAUUGGCUCAUUCUUUCUUAGCUCAACGUCUAUCCUUUGUUACGAAACUGAUAAAUCGCGUUCCACGUAAAAUUUCUGGAAACUGACAAAGGACUCAUUCAAAUUUUCCCGGAAUCGGGUCUGUUACGUAAUUUAAGGUAUCAGUAAAUGACCGCGGGAGGUCCACUGCCUCGUCCGUCCGUACCCAGGGACGCGGGUCUUCUUUGUUUAUUGGCAAUGGCCUCCUUAACGCGACGUUCGAUGUUGCGCUUUUCAGUAAUUAGAACAAUUAUCAAGAGCAUUGCUGGAGCGUUCUAGGCCUUACGACAGAACCAGGAGAGAGACUAUUAAAAGAACAAAUAGCUAUACGUGUUAACAGAGGGCCCCCUACAAUCUGUUAGCACUACUUUCCUGGACUAUAUAGAAAGGAAUACAAUGAUUCCCUGAAAGUCUGAUUAUGUGUUCUAUUUCAGCAUGUGGCUUACAGUGUUAUCGGUGCUUGAGCACGAAAAGUUGGGAUGACUGUGAAAGCGUCAAAAAAGUGAUGAACUGCUCCUCUAGCGAGAACCAAUGUUUUAAGGCCUACGAAGAUAUCAAAAAAGACGGAGUAUCAACGAAGCGUUAUGGCAAAGGUUGUAGCUCAGCAGAAUUAUGCAAAACUGCGACAGACACCGACGCCUGUAAGGAAGGAACCUGUGAGUUGGAUUGCUGCUCUGGAGAUCUUUGCAAUUCUGCCAGAGUAGCACUGGUCAGCGUCAUCAUCCUCACCUUAUGCGCUGUUGUGGCCACUUCUCUGUAAGCCAUGAUCAGAGUACUCAAGUGUUGCAGUUUAUAGCUCCCAGAUUCGUUGAUUCGUUGUUGGGUUUAGUUUCUAAUUAAGCUUUUUUAAGAAAGAACGAUUGUAAACCACUUAGCGUUUGUUUCUAUGAAUCGAAGGUAACGUUGUUUUUAGGUUUUGAUCAAGGCAAGAUUACUUCUUUGUUUUUAUGAAAGUUUACAAACAUUUUUAGGGAAAAUCUCAACUCUGUAAGUCAUUCAGGGUAAUAAAUGUUUUUUAUUAAGAACAAUAAUUUAUGCAACUUUAAAUCAAAGGAC